AUGAAAGCAGGGCAAUCAUACGAUUAUGGAGACACCAACCAGCUGAACACAGCUCAAAUAGCUUUCUACAAUAGUGAUAAGACCACCGUGGUACAAGAAUUUACUUUUAAAGAGCUAGCUAAUGCAACACAGAACUUCAGUCUAGAAUGUCUGGUGGGUGAAGGCAGCUUCGGUAAAGUUUACAGAGGGAAACUCCAAGAAACUGGGGAGAUCGUGGCUGUCAAGAAAUUAAACUUGGAUGGAUUACUAGGGCACCGAGAAUUUCUUGUACAAGUGAUGAUGAUGAGCCUUUUUAAUCACCCAAAUCUGGUAAAUCUUAUAGGAUAUUGUGUUGAAGGUGAAGAGAGAAUUUUAGUACAUGAAUAUCUGCCUAUGGGAUCCCUGCACCACUAUCUGCACGACAGAUCACCAAAGCAAAAGCCGCCUUUAGAUUGGUAUACACGAAUAAGGAUUGCUCUGGGGGUAGCCAGAGGUUUAGAAUGUAUACACCAAUCUAGCCCUCCAAUUAUCCACCUCAACUUAAAACCCUCCAACGUCUUACUAGACUGUGAUUUUAAUGCUAAGCUCUCUAAUUUCAAGCUAGCUAAGAUUGAACCUUUCAGUGACAAGAGAAUUAACCUCGAGAAGGUGAUGUUGGGAGCCCAUGACUACUUUGCACCAGAGGACAAAAUAACAGGUCUUCUAACUGUGAAGACGGAUGUAUAUAGCUUUGGAGUUGUUUUAUUAGAGUUGAUCUCAGGGCGAAGAGCUGUUGAUCUUUCAAGGCCAUCUAAGGAGCAAAAUCUGGUCACUUGGUCCCAACAGAGAUUAAAUAAGCCAAAUAAGUUUCCAGAGCUGGCUGACCCUCUCCUUCAGUGUGAAUUUCCAGUUAAGGGAUUCAACCAAGCACUCGCGAUAGCAGCCAAGUGUCUUCGUGAAGAACCAUCAGCACGACCCAUGAUGAGCGAUGUAGUUGCUAACCUUAUGUGCCUCACAACCGACAACUAUAAUGGCAUACUUGUGUAG